AUGUCAGACAGCACAGCAGAGAGCAUUCUCGUCCCCUUCCUCGGGGCAUUCCAGGCCUCCUUAUCCGUCCUGCUGACCAUAUCUGCCGGAGUCAUCGCCGCGCAGUUCGGCCUCCUUGACGAUGCCAGCAGCAAGAAGUUGUCCACCUUCUGCGUUCGCCUGGCCCUCCCCGCCCUCCUCAUCACAAAUGUUGGGUCCCAGCUUGACCUUGAGACUGCAGUUCGGUAUGUCCCAAUCGUCAUUUGGGCCAUCUUCUACACUGUCGUCUCCAUCGGCAUCGGCUUCAUUCUCACAAAGGUCUUCGGCAUGCCCGACUGGGUCAUUCCGGCCAUCGCCUUCAACAACACAACCAGCCUGCCUCUCUUGCUCGUUCAGUCUCUGGAUGCCACGGGAAUUCUCAGUUCCAUUGAUGACUCUUCUGGGGUAGUUACCAAGGCAAAGAGUUUCUUCCUGGUCAAUGCCAUGGUUGGAAACUCCCUGACAUUUGCUUUGGGGCCAAGACUCCUCAACGGCCAAGAAGAGGAGGCCCCUGACAAAGUCGAAGGCGACGACGAGGGCGACGACGAUACAGUUGGCGAGGAUGAUCUCGAGUCCCAGGAGCAAGACGCAGUCGAGAGGAACGAACAGACUUCGCUUCUCCCCAAGCCGGCCGCUGCGAAAGGUACCCGCGUUGGAUAUUUCGCCUAUGGAAAGGGCAGCAAGUACUGGUCGUCCCUGUCGCCCACAACCCGCUCCAUUCUCGCUAUGAUGUACAGUUUUGUCAACGCACCCGUCAUCGGCGCCCUCCUCGGAGCCUUCAUCGGCCUCGUCCCCGCCCUCCACCGCCUGUUCUUCAACGAGCCCGAGGAAGGUGGCUACCUCAACGCGUGGCUUACAUCCUCCAUCAAGAACGUGGGCGAGCUGUUCGCCGUGCUCCAAGUCAUCGUCGUCGGCGUGAAGCUUUCCAAGGCCAUCUUGCAGUAUAAGAACGGAAACGACUCCAAGGAGAGCAGGGUCCCCCUGGUGCCGUUCCUGGCCGUCACUUUUGUGAGGUUCAUCCUGUGGCCAGUCAUUUCUAUAGGCGUCAUAUACGUCCUGGCCAGCCGAACGAACGUGGUGACCCAGGACCCACUGCUGUGGUUCUGCUUGAUGCUCAUGCCCACUGGCCCCCCAGCCAUGAAGCUUUCUGCGCUGGCCGAUUGCGAGGACUCGGAGGAGUCGCAGAAGAUGCUGAUUGCCAAGUUUUUGACCAUUUCGUACAUAAUAUCCCCUUUGAUUUGCUUUGCUGUUGUCGGUGCCUUGAAGGCAAGCGAAGCCGUGACCGGGAAAUAG